AUGCACUGCAGCUGCUCAGCAGAGGGCAUCCCCACACUUGCUGGCAACUCCUGGAUCUCAGGCUUGGCCUGCCCUGAUUGGGCCUACAAAGCUGAGUCGUCCCCGGGCUCCCGACAGAUCCAGCUGUGGCACUUCAUCCUGGAGUUGCUGCAAAAGGAAGAGUUCCGCCAUGUCAUCGCCUGGCAGCAGGGAGAGUACGGGGAGUUUGUCAUCAAAGAUCCAGACGAGGUGGCCCGCCUCUGGGGCCGCAGGAAGUGCAAACCACAGAUGAACUAUGACAAGCUGAGCCGGGCCCUCAGAUAUUACUACCAUAAGAAGAUCCUGCACAAAACCAAAGGCAAAAGGUUCACUUACAAGUUCAACUUCAGCAAGCUUGUCAUAGUCAACUAUCCUCGGUGGGAGGUACGGACAGUGCCAACCCCCAACUUGCUGCUGGGGGUCCCUGCCUUGUUUCAGCCAACCCUGGUGCCCAUGGGCGUGCAGAGUAAGCUCCUACACAGCAUGCUGCUCACCCCCUGGGCCAUGGACGAGAAGCUGGCUGGGCAGUGCACCCCCCGAGGCCCACCAGAGGCCUCUGAGGAUAAGAAGGGGAGCAGCAGCGGUGUCUCUCGACUUGGCUCUGCCUCCACUCCCUGCCUGUUCAGCCCUUGCUGCCAUUCGGGGAGCCUCCCAGAAGAGCUGCCCAGUUUUGCCUCCCUCACACCUUCCUUCCUACCCUCUCUCUCCUCCGCCUGUACCCACCUCUCAGGGCCCUUCUUGCCCCCUCUCCUCCCAGAGCAGCAGUUUCCAGGGUCCUCCAAACCAGACACCCUGCUCCCAGGGCCACGUGCCCCAGCAACCUGGCAUUUUCCAGGGCUUCCCCUGUUGGCUGGGCUGGGACAAGGGGCUGGUGAGAGGUUCCGCCUGGUAUCCCUUAGGCCAGAAGGGCUGGAGGUAAAGCCCCAGCCCCUGAUGGGGGCAAAGAGGUGCCUGAAUCCCUGGGAGGGCUUCUCCUCAGAGAGGCAUAGACCCAUCGGGGAGGAAAGUCCCAUGUCCCCUAAUUUGGUUAAUUUUGAAGCAGUGUGGUGCUUGGACCCUCCUUAA